CGUUCCACUCUCCCUUCCCCUCCCCUGUUGAAUGAAAACAAGAACAAUCAUAUACAUUCUUCUGCUGCUGUUAUAGAUCCUAUUGCGCUCAAACUGUAUCACGCUAUGUCCUCCUUCGAAGACCAGAUACGCAGUCGACAAAGAUUCGGCCAUCAUCAUAUAGGUGCUAUUGAUACUGACCGGGAAUCGUGUGGCUAUGACAACGAUAACAAAUUCUGGCACCAAUCCAGGCUAUUUAUGAAAAAUAUUUCCAGUCGUUACACCAAGUCCGACCUUCCAAUAGUCUUUUACGAAUAUGACAUGCGAGAACUAUGGUACAUGAUCAUUCAAGGUGCCAAAAUCACAGAUGCUAAACACCCCGCCCAGGAUCGCCUGGCAGGCCAAAUCCUGCACGCCCGAGAAAUGGGCGUGUUGUGUCGCAGGAAUACAGCCUCAGGAGUCCAAGAGGAGGCAUCAACAUCUAACGGAAAGAUUUGGGUUGAUCUACCCUUCCUUGCGCAGGAGUUUCAAGCAGCAUGGAACGCAGCCGACGAGCUACCGGCGACAGAGCGGCAUAACCUCAGCGCCUUCAUAGCCCGCCUCAGUGCCUGGGGUGUAUGUGGCUCCGAACUGUGUGUUUGUGCUCUUUCGAUUUUCAGGGAUAUGUUUGAGACACGUAGGGAAUUGACUGCAACCGGCGACCAGCAGGGCGAUGGCUUGCUGCCCAUAGUUGAUCUGUUGCCAGCAGCGGUAGCCUGGUUUGAGCUAAGUGGCUACAAAAUUGAAAGCCUUUGUCUUUCAGGCCAGGGAUUUGAGUCCUCGGCUGUUGGUGAGCUUGCUAGAGAAGCGCAAGUUGUGCCGGAUAACGGCUUUAGCACUUCAAGAUGGCUCUUCUGGAGGCGACGUCUGGAGGAGAUCAGCCAUUGUGACCAUGCGGAGACAGCGGCUUUGGCACAGCGGGGUGUAAGGGUUAUGCAGUGUUGGGGGGAGAGAAUUUUAGCCAAGGAUAACGGCAAUAAUCAGGGCAAAUAGCACUAAAAAUGUAAAGGGUAAGUACCUAACUACUAAAAGAUAACUUCCGCGCAGAAUAUAUUCUUGAAAGCAUGACACAAAACCAACCCCAAAUUUGAAACGAUUUCAAUAUU